GUCCCUCACAAAACAACUCAGACAUUGGAGAGCUAGAACAAUGGCACACAUGCAGGUCAUGGGAGAUGAUUUUUCAGCUGGAUACACCAUCUUUACUGAGGACAGUAUUCAGAAAAUUUAUCUUGAUCCUGAUGUGUUUAUUCAUAGUCAGAGUCAAAGAGAGAUUUCCUUCUCACCUCAGACAAGCUACACUCAGCUACUAGAUAUUUACUCUGAGGAAUAUAAAAAUGGUGAAGAUCAGUACGAAUGUCGAGGCACUGGAGUCGAUUUGGGUGACGACCUUCCCAAUGAUGACCCAGAUGAGCCAGAGGGUAUGGGCUUUUAUGAUGAUCUUGACUCAGUUGGGUGGGAAAAUCUCGAAAACCAAAUGGAGGGAUAAUAAAUCAGAUAAAGGAACAGGCAUGCCUCACUCCAAAGUGACUAUCAUGAGACAUGUUCCGCAAAAGCCAGUUACUUUUUAUCUUUCCCAAAAGAUAAAGAUAACUUACUACAGUUACCUCUGUAAAUAACCUUAGGGUUAGUUAAUCAUAGUUAAUUUUAUGUAACUAGGGUUACUUUUACUGCAGUUACUUUGUAACCCAGGUUAGUUUUUCUUUCUUUAAAUAGACAUUCGUAGAAGUA